GGUUGCUCCUGAUGCAAUUGCAAUCUCGCACGGUUAAGUUGCCGCGCCGUGGUGAGGUGUGUACCGAUGGACGAUGUGACACUUGCCAUCAAUUGUUCCGCCACGAGUCACGGGCUUCGGGGAUUUAAGAAGCUAAUUGUUGUUUGGGAAAAGGGGGAAAUCGGCGCUGUUAUUUUCAGGAGAUUAUGCUGUCUGCCCUUCGUUUCAUCUAAUGCAAAAAUUGGGCUGGAGCCAGCACACGGCGGUGAUGUACCAGAAAGCUGCGCUCUCAGAGGGGAGGCUCGUUCCUGCGCCGCUCUAAUCGUGUUUACUUGGGAGGUGGCCGCGGUGUAACCCUCGCCGCGCAGGUGCCUCAGCUUAACCGGGCGGACGGAUUUAAUACGACAGAGCGCAAGAUCAAAAUGGAUGACAGCGUGUCGGCCGCCAGCAGCCUGGACGUUGGCGACCGCAUCUCUUACCUGGAGCAGAGGAUGCAGCUGCAGGACGAUGAAAUCCAGGUUCUGAAGGCAGCGCUGGCGGACGUCGUCCGGCGCCUGACCUUCGCCGAGGAGCAGCACUCCCUGCUGAGUAAACGGGCGCCCAGCAGAGCUCGCCUCUUCAUGCACGCUUUGCCCUCUAAGCCCAGCUUGAGUAACGGGACAGCAACACCUCCAAAAAGAAGCAAUGUCGUACCUCAGUCGCCAUCGUCGCCCCGGAAAGAGCCAUCUCCCAAAAGUAAACCGAAGGAGUCCGUCUUCAGUGCAGAAGAGGGCUACGUGAAGAUGUUCCUGCGCGGACGCCCUGUCACGCUGCACAUGCCCCAGGCAUUGACGGGAUCUUACAGGCUCCAGGCCACAACCGAAUUACCAGCCCAUAAGCUGAAGAUGGAGUGGGUUUACGGUUACCGCGGGCGUGAUUGUCGCUCCAACCUCUAUCUCCUGCCGACGGGCGAGAUUGUGUAUUUCAUCGCAUCGGUGGUGGUGUUGUAUAACGUAGAGGAGCAGCUACAGCGUCACUACCUUGGACACAACGAUGACGUGAAAUGCCUUGCCGUUCACCCGGACAGAGUCACCAUGGCAACAGGGCAGGUGACGGGAACCUCUAAAGAUGGAAAGCAACUUCCACCUCACGUCCGUGUCUGGGACUCUGUAAGCCUUAACACACUGCACGUGAUUGGAUCAGGAUUCUUCGAUCGAGGCAUUUCUUGUGUAUCCUUCUCCAAAUCUAAUGGAGGAGCUCACCUGUGUGCUGUGGAUGACUCAAAUGAACACAUACUCUCCGUGUGGGACUGGCAGAAGGAGGGAAAGCUGGCUGAAGUGAAGUGUUCCAAUGAAUCCGUGCUGGCGACAAGCUUCCACCCAACUGAAGCCAAUCUCAUUAUCACUUGUGGAAAAUCCCAUAUUCUCUUCUGGACAAUGGAAGGCAACACUCUCUCCAAGAAGCAGGGCAUUUAUGAGAAACAAGAAAAACCCAAGUACGUUCUGUGUUUGGCUUUCUCUGAGAAUGGGGAUGUGAUCACAGGAGACUCCAGUGGAAACCUGGUCAUCUGGGGUAAAGGCACAAACCGGAUCAGCACUGCAGUUCAGGGGGCUCACGAGGGAGGUAUAUUCAGCCUCUGCGUGCUGAACGAUGGAACCCUGGUGUCGGGCGGAGGCAAAGAUCGGAAGGUCAUCCUGUGGGACAGGCAGUAUCACAAGGUUCAGGAAACCGAGAUCCCAGAAGCCUUUGGGCCAGUCCGAACGAUCGCAGAAGGGAAAAAUGAUGGCUUAUUUAUUGGGACGACAAGGAACUGCAUUCUCCAAGGCACGCUAAGUGGGGGAUACUGCCCCAUUGUACAGGGUCAUACAGACGAGCUCUGGGGACUGGCAGCGCACCCAAGCGAGGAUAAGUUUGUGAGCUGCGGACAGGACAAGCUCAUUCACUACUGGGAUCCUACAUCACACCAGCCCAUUUGGAGUAAGACUCUCGAGGAGCAGAGCCAGUCAGUUGGCUUUCAUCCCAGUGGAUCGGUUAUAGCUGUGGGGAUGCAAACGGCAAGGUGGAUGGUUUUCGAUGUCGAGACGAAGGAUCUUAUCACUGUGCACACCGACGGUAACGAGAAAAUCUCAGUGAUGCGUUACUCACCAGAUGGUAAUUUCCUGGCCAUCGGGUCACAUGACAACUACGUUUACAUUUACAGCGUGGCCGAGAAUGGCAGAAAGUACAGUCGAGUCGGUAGAUGUUCAGGGCACUCGAGUUUUAUAACUCACCUGGACUGGUCCACAGACAGCCACUAUAUAGUCACUAACUCUGGAGACUAUGAAGUCCUCUACUGGACUCCGAACUGCAAACAGGUACCCGUUGCCGAUGCAGUGCGGGAUUUGGACUGGGCCUCCUCUACCUGCGUACUCUCGUUCCAGGUGUUCGGCAUCUGGCCCGAGGGAGCGGACGGGACAGAUAUAAACGCUGUCUGCAGAUCCACUGAUAACAAGCUCCUUGCUACGGCUGAUGAUUUCGGAAAAGUGAACUUAUUUUCCUUUCCCUGCUCACAGCCUCGGGCGCCAAGUCACAAGUACGGUGGGCACAGCAGUCACGUGACCAACGUUGCCUUUCUCCAUGACAGCUCCCGUCUGAUCUCCAUCGGCGGGAAGGACACCAGUGUCAUUCAGUGGAGCGUUGUCUAGGUUACAGCACUUUAUCCGGAGACGCAUUCCAGCUGUAUGGGUUGGGAGAUGCCAGGGCACUAUCAAAAUAGCUCCUCUCCUGGGUGCCCCAUCAAGCUACUGUUACGCUAAACUGUUUCUUUUUUUAUUGGGAAGAUGUGGGGCUCCCAUUCCCUCGCAUUUAUUGUCCACACCUGCACUGAGCUCUUCCAGAUGCUUCGCCCUUUGGAAGAGUAUUUUUCUAACUAAACUUGACAACAAUCCCAAUGCUCCAUAGACUCCAUCCGAAAGCCCUCACCCCCCACCAAAGCUGUGUUGUUUGUCUCUGCCUCUGCCGCAGUGUCCUUUUGCUGGAAUUGUGCUGCUGCCGAAGUCCAGGACGUUAUGGCAUAUGUGGGGAGCCAACUCCCAUCAUUAAUCGGCAAGUUUAUUUAAGGAGUCUGGGGGAAAGUUGGAGAGCGUAGAGAAUCAGAGAGGGGGAAAAAGGUAUAGCACUGUCCUACACCCUCCUGAUGUCCCUUCCAAUAGACUAGCUAUCUUGAAGGGGAUAUUUUUUUAAAAACUUCACUUUUAGCCCCGCUGGAUUUUUUUAAAAUUUGAAGUAGUCUCCAACCCAUUCCUCUUUUGUUCCCCCAGAUGUCCAGAUCAGAUUUUCCCUUCUGCACCAUUAUCUUCAUGGUGCAACACAGGGAGAGCCAAAUUGCUCAGUGAUCAUUUCUCUUCCCUGGCUUAUCGACCUCCAGCGAGAAAGCUGUGAUCGUUGUGUUGGUUGACUGGCUGGGGAUACUUGUUUUUGUGUGGUCCCUGGGAAUCUUUCCAGAUAGUCCCCGCGAGGAAGUUGAAACAGAACCAUUAUUUUCAUUGGCUUAAGCUACAGUCAAAACUUUUCUAAAGUUAAAAUCGUCAAGGUUUCCAACAGUACUUUGCACGAUUUCAAAGCUAAUUGGACGUUUUUACACAGUUCCCACAAAAUGACAGAUCUAAAGCAUCGUGUUUGAUUAUCAUACAUGGAGGUUUUAAGGGAGAAGUUUGGUUGCAAGUUAAUUCAUGAUGUUUUAGGUGCAGAUUAUUUUGGGUUCUUGGUUUACAAACAAUUUGAAAAUUGAUAUUCUGUGAGAUAUUUGCAGAUAAUCCUCCAAAUGGUGACGGUGUGCCUCUCGUCCUUUCGGCUUGUAGAGGAGAUCCUGCCAAUGUUUCCUUUGUGGUCUAUUUUUUUUAACCAGCUCAUUUUUUGCAUGUUACAGUAUACCUCUGGGCAUUCCAGUUAACUGAGGUUGUGACUUGGGUCCUCGAAUCCUAAUACUUCAAGUUGCAAAAUUGGAUUUGGUUAGACUGGUGCGCUAUGGGCUAACAUCAUUCACCACACAACUUACUGCCUGUUACGCUGCUGGUGUUUAGAGCAGCAAUGAAAGUCCUCCAACCCUGGUAGUGUUCAGGGCUUCCUUCAUCGUGUCAGUAGCUUCCUUACGGUUUUCUCUCCUGUCAGUCAUGCAAGUCCCAUGUGGAGACUCAGGAAUACCAUCACAAUGUAGAAGGAUUCUUCACUGCUGUGUCUGUAACAGUUUUGUUUGACCAGUCGGGGUUGUUAUCCCUGAGAUGAACCCCCGAACCUGGAGGUCUGGUGGACCACUUUUAGUCUGGCCUCUACCCUUUGACCUGUUUGGCAUGGGUGACCCUACCAAGAGCCAAAGCAUAAAGCCCUGACCCCAGUCAACAUCGCUCUCCAGAUCACUGGGGCACGCAAACCUCCAAACCACGACGAGGUUGUGCUCCUCUUGGGAGAUUGACCACACAAAGUGAGAGAUUAUUGACAGAGGGAUAUGUUACCUUUCUUGACUUGAAUUGCAAACCAUUUGAUCAAUUUCCAGAGACACUUCAAAAUGAGCUCAUCAGAAUUGAAAGCAGAUGGGCAGUUAACAUGUCUAUGCCCGUACCAGCCCUGUUCUGAAAGGAAACUUUCUUCGUAGAAAAUUCAGGUAGACGUUUGAGGCCAGCAAGUUCAAUUGAAGGUGUUAAAUACCUGAUGGCAGAGGCAGACCACGGGAGAGGGGUAUUUGUUAAUUCCAGCUCUCAGCCAAUCAUAAUCUUCCUGUAAUUGACAAAAUUUGGGUGUUCAACAGGUGUAUGCAACAUCCGAACUCCAAAGAAGUGUUGAAAAGCAUCACAGUCACCUGACAUGAUGACCGAGAGCAGGGAAUAGUAUUUUAUUUUAAUUUCCUAAUUCUCAGAAGGUUGUGAGAAAGGGAAUUUAAAAUCUCCUGAUCCUGCCUUCUAAAAACAAAGUUUACAGUGUAGGAGGCGGUGAUAUCCGUGCUGAGUAUACAUUUCUGAUACCCUACUUUGUCCCUGUGCCCCGUCACUUUCUUUGUUUCAAGAAACCAAUCAAUUCAACCUUAAAUGUAAGAGCAUAUCACCACUUCUGGCGAGCAGCCUGUGUUGCAACAGCCCAAUCACAAAUCGUCCCAAUCUUGAUCCCGAGCUGAGUUUUUAACAUGAAGAGCUCCAAGAAGUUCUAGCACCCUUGUUAUUUUUCUACAUAACUAUUGUUUUACGUAAAGCUAAGAUUUAAGAAAUAUAUUUCUUGAUUAAUGAACACAAAGAAGUUUACUUGAUUC